AUGUCUAAGAAUUCAUCCCAGGCUUCACUACGAGCCGGCGACAGCGAUGGAGAGCCAGCUCUCGAUUCGGAUAACGAGAGCUCUACAACAUCGGUCAUACCGAGCAUACUUACAUCCCGUCAGAUUCACGGAAGGACGUAUCAGAAUUUCAGCACCAACACCGAGUAUUGGGCGCCGAAUGAUGAGAAGCAGAGGGAAGCUUGGGAUAUGACUCAUGGGGUUCUUCUCAUGGCUCUGGAUGGCAAGCUAUUCCGAGCUCCUAUAUCCCCCGGCACGAUAUGCAAGCGCAUUCUAGAUAUCGGCACCGGAACGGGGCUCUGGGCUGUAGACGUUGCCCAAGCCUACCCAAACACGGAAGUAAUCGGCACCGACAUCACCCCUAUGCAGCCCAUCUUCGUUCCCAACAACCUCUCCUUCCAGCUCGACGACGCCCAACUCCCCUGGACCUUCCCAGACAACCACUUCGACUUCAUCCACACCCGCGGCCUCGUAGGCGCCAUCAAAGACUGGCCCUCCCUCUACUCCGAGAUCUACCGCUGCCUCAAACCCGGCGGCUGGAUCGAGCACGUCGAUUUUUCCCUCGAAGCCAAAGCCGACGAUGACUCCCUUCCGAAAGAGUCUCCGUUGCGCGCUUGGGCUGACGUGUUAAUCCGGGCCGGAGACAAGAUGGGGAGGACGUUUCGCGUGAUCGACGAGAGUAAGAAUAUGCAGUUGAUUCGUGAUGCGGGGUUCUUGAGGGUGAGGGAGAGGCGGUUGAAGUUGCCCUUGGGGGAGUGGCACGGGGAUGCGAAGUGGAAGACGAUUGGGAAGAUUAUGCAGGCGAUGUUGGAUGAUAGCAUUGACGGGUGUGGGAUGUAUGUCUUGACGUGUAUGUUGGGGUGGAAACUCGAGGAGGCGCAGGCUUAUAUUGCUCAGACGAAGAAGGUGUUGAAAGAUGAUUCUGUUCACGCCUAUUUUGAGGCGUCAAUUGUGUUUGCCCAGAAGCCACUUAAUGCAUUGUCGUAA